AUGGCCUACCAGCCGCCGUACGCCCAUCCGUAUCCACCGGGGUUUGGUUACUCCGUGCCACCACCAAUGCAGCCACCACCAAUGCAGCCACCAUCAAUGCAGCCACCAUCAAUGCAGCCACCAUCAAUGCAGCCACCAUCAAUGCAGCCACCAUCAAUGCAGCCACCAUCAAUGCAGCCACCACCAAUGCAGCCACCAUCAAUGCAGCCGAUUCAACGUCCUCCGCUCGGCACGGAGCAGGAUGCGUUGCAGUGGUUUCAAAUGGUGAGUCGGUCGAGUGGGGGUCGUAUUGGUGUUCCAACGCUCAAUUCCGCCCUGAGCGUGGGCGGGCAUAGUUUCAGUUACGCGACCACGGAGCGUCUCCUUUCCAUGUUUGACUCUAAUGUUGACGGAAUGCUUAAUUUAACAGAUUUCCUGGAAUUUCAGCGUUACUUUCAAACAAUGCGGGAUGCUUUUAACUAUCGUGACACAAGUCGCAGCAGUCGUCUAGAAGGGGAUGAGGUGCGUGCGGCGCUUUCUGCUCAUGCAUACCAGAUAUCUGAUGAAGUAUUUCAGUAUUUGAUGCGGCGUUUUGAUCGUAGAAAGCAGGGAGCUCUUGGUCUGGAUGACUACAUUGAAAUGUCUCUUUUUGUCGCCAAGGCCAAUGAUGUUUUCCAAGCUGAGUCUCAAGGGAAAGCCACUGCAACAUUCGACUUUGGUACAUUUCUUAAGGCAGGGGUUUUUCUGGUUUGA